CUAAGUCUUGGGUAAUCAGUUCGAAUUGUUCCGUUGCACCGUACCGAUCUUCCACAGGUCACUUGCAGUAAAAUCCGAAUGCAUAACUCGAAGUUCGAAAAGCAGUCUCGUUGGAUACUUCAAAGUUUUCUGUUAUACAGAAGGGCAGGUCACAGUGCAAGCACAUUCACUAUGUCCUUCGUGCGCUUAUUUCAAAGUGGGCGGGUAUACUUGAGAUUCACCGGUAAUUCUAAGUUCGUUCUCCUCUCGUCUUCCCGCUGCCGGCAUAGAACCUGGCUUUGUUUCAUGCGUUCCAGCUUCAACAGUAGCAUCCAAGAAAACUUCGUCAAAGUACGUUUCAAAAACGUGUGAGGAAAGGUCCAAGGCGCUUCAAAUGGUAGCCGACGGGAAAGUCAAAGCAAAGGUGGCUGAAGAGGUCGCCGUGCCCCUCAACACCGUGUUGGGUUGGUUGAAACACCGCUUGGAAACUGAAGCAGCCGUCGAGGAGCACCAGCUUGGGACUCGGCGGAAACGAAAGCGAGAGGCAACUUUCGCGGACGCCAAUGGCGCACUGUUCACCUAGCUCCUCCAAUUAAGCCUGAGCUUAAAAGGAAUCAGUUUGUGUGGCCCGCUUCUUUAGGAGAAGGCUCUGACGUUUUCUGAGCAGCUGGGGUUUAGGGAUUCUCUACAUCGUCGUGUGUUGGCCGACGUGUUUCAAAUCCCGGCAUGGACUUACCUUCAAGUAACUUCAUGUGCGGCGAGGAGAAAUCCGUCAACAGCGAUUCAGUCGACACGGCUUGGACAACUACAGUGCUGGGGGUAAGUGAAGUCGUUCAUAUUGUUGAGUGAUCGUUGCUUGCCUUCGGAGAACGCUUGUUGGCGUGAUCACACCACUCAAAUAUUCUGUUCCCAUGUUCCAUUUGGCUAUCGUUUUACAUUUCAGGAUUUGUUGAAACGCUACUCGCCGGACGAUCUAUACAAAGCCAACGAAACAGCGCUAUUUUAUCCAACGUUGUCGUCGUCCAAGUCUUUGGUCGAAGGCCGCAGUAGGGAUAGGUGCAAGGGUAAGAAGCAGAGUAAGGAGCGGGUAACGGUGCUCGCAGCGUGCAGUAUGUCUGGCGAGAAGCUGCCCUUGUUGCUGAUCGGGAAGAUCAAAAAUCCAAGAUGCUUCCGUGGCAUUCGUAACCUUCCCACGGAGUACGAUGACAACAAGAAAGCCUGGAUGACCGGCGCUAUUUUCGAACGAUGGGUUCGAAUACUGGACAGCCGGAUGGCAAGUCAGAAGCGUAAGAUCUGUUUGGUUAUCGACAACUGCUCGGCGUAGCCCCAUUUACAAGGCCUGGCGAAUGUGGAGUUAGUCGUUCUGCCACCGAACACAACAUCCGUCAAGUAACCCCGCAAUGAAGAUAUUAUCCGCUGCCUCAAGGCGCAGUACCGGAAGAGAAUGAUGCGGAAAGUGAUCAAGCACUUUGAUGAUGGCAAGCCGAUCAAUGAGAUUAAAGUCACACUUAUCGAGGCACUUCGGAGCCUUCAGGAUGCUUGGAGCAAUGUUGAAGAGUCGACGAUCCGUGCUUGUUUUCGGCAUUGUGGCUUCACCAUCACGGAUGGUAAAGGUGACACCUUAGCACCUGAUGAGGAACCAUACACCCGCAAUCGUGUGGAGGAGAUUGUUUCGCUGAUUGAGUUGCAUGGCCGGUCACAGAUUGAUGGCAAUCUUGAUGCCACCGGAUACCCCGCGGCCGAAACAACCAAGGAUGUUUGCGACACAGCAACAGACGAGGACAUUGACCUGAGUUUGGCCAAGGCUAAUGAGGAGCAAGAUGAUGAUGAAGACGAUAAUGAUGAUGAAGAUGUUGAUGAACAGGUCGUGUGCAAGCCUGUGAAUCGUGCAGAGGCGCUGGACUGCAUUGCCAAGGUUCAGCUCUUCCUUGAGCAAUCACUGCCUUCACCCAGGCCUCAUCCAAGGGAUUUGACCUCGUUUCACAACUCCGCCGUCAUGUCGAAGCUUCACCGGCAGCUCCAGUACGACAGUCUACCGUGUUUAAUAUCUUCUAUCAGAAGUACAGUAAAACCAGUAACUAACGACCGCCCCCUGGUUCCAAAAAAAAGUUGUCUAUCAUGGCAGGUGAUCUUUUUGUUGGAGCUUUGUACCCCGUUGCUAUAUAUGGAUCCCAUUGUAUGAUAUGUAUGCCAAAAUGCAGCGCAAGAAUUUCUCCACCAAUUGCGCAAUGCCAUUCUUAUCACAGAUCACUCAACAUUUAGAGAGAGAAAUUUAUGUUUUAUUGCUGAUAUCAAAUUCAGUUGCUACUUCUGAAGCCAGGAGCCAAGCAUUUCCUGGCCGCUGUGGAAGUUUGGCGUGGCGCUGGGCUUCAAAUUUGUUGAUGAAAUCAGUAAGUUUAUCAACAUCCAUUGCAACGUAACCCAAGCCAUGCUGCAACAUACAGUAGCAUGCUAGCAUUACAGUGCUCAUCUGUGCGACUGGGGUAUGCGAUUGGACUUCAACAGAGCAGCUCAGUCUUUGUUUAUCCUUCGAGCAGUAACAAGGACCAGAGAGCGCUUUCGAUGCGCUCUCAAAGAUGUUUCCCAUCAUGUUUGGUUUUUGAUUUUUGAAAGCACUUGGAACUAUGGCAGGCCAGUUCACAGCCAAAAGAAUCUCCGUCCAUUUUUCACUCGCAUUAUCGAAAUAUACCGAUCAAGACCAUUGAAAAUAUACAAUAUUUCAAAGAAGGAGCUUCGAACAACCUUUGAUUUCCCACAUCGCGAUCGCUAGUUACGGGUCGAAAAUCGACCUUGGGACAAGAAAAGGCGGCCGCUGGUUGCAUCGAGCCA